UUCUAUACUUCAGUAUUCUGUUCUUCACAUCUCCUCUGUUACCUGCUCUUGGUUAGAGAUUCUACUGGCCUCAGCCAGUGCUCUGUUACUGCAAUUGGCAUUUCUUCUUCCAACCAUGCUUUUACUAAAGAAGACAUUUGCAGCUCUGCAGUUCACUGUUAUUUUUCAAGCAUAAAACUCUUUUUGCACACAGUAAUCUUUUUUUUUUUUUUUUCUGUUCAGCUGUGACAAGCAUGGAUUGCAGGAGCACAAGUAUCAAACACUGUUCUAUGCCUUUUCCCAAUUCACAUGACAGCUUUUCCUUAUGUUCCACACAGGGACAUCUUCAGUGGAGUGAAAUGAUGGGCAGGACACAGCCUAGCUUGUGAUGGCCAUGUGCAGGACACCAGGGUUUAGGCCCAGUCAACUGCUAAUUGUUAUUUUGCUCUCUUUUUUUGCUGUAGUUUUGUCUUUGCUGCUGCAGCUGUGGCUGAGGAUCUCAGGGGUGAGCGGAGGUGUCAGCAAUCACUUCUGCCUGAGCCAACGUGCAGCCAGGCACAGCAAAGUCUGGCUAUUGCUUGCCAGAUGGCAUUGGUCCUCCCUCACUUCCUCAUCCCUGGGAAUUUUGGAGAGGGUGACUGAUGAGGGAAUUCUGUUUUUUCUGCAUGUCUGAGUUUGGCCUAACUGACGGCAAGCAGACAGGAAGGAGUGGGUUUACUGGCAAGUCUCUGCAAAUUUAGCACUCUCCUUAACUUUCAUUUUUGCCCUCAGAUGAUCAGAUUGGGAAAUUUUCUGUCCUGCCCUGCCAUUACUUGACAUCCAAUCUGCCACUGGAGAGCAGGACAUAGCAAACAAAACAUUGAACUUUCCACACUAAACAGCUGCUUUAAACGUACCUUAAAUCUGCAGAAACUCAAAGAGUCCAGACAGGCCUGGGAUCCUACUUUCAUUUGCAUGUUUUCAAGGGACAAGGCCUAGAUCUUUUAUUUUGCUUUUAGUACAGUUGUUAUCCCCACUUUAUCAGGAACAUUUUGAAAUAAUAAAGAAGCCAGUGAAGAAGGGGCUGCAGUUAAUGGUGAAUAUCUUAAAGCCCUUAAAGGAAUAGUCAGCAAUCAGAAAACAAACAAAAAAAAAACUAGAGUUGCCAUCUUGCAAAAUUUGGGGGAAUAUUCAAACCAAACAAAUUUUAUUUGGGAAAUGAAAAGCCAAAUCAGUGUAAAAGAUGACUGACAGUAGUCAAUGAGAGGAGAUAUUUGGGAACAGCAAUAGUUAUUAUUGUUAUUAAUUCUAUCUUCAUCAGAAACCACCAGAUGUGAGGGAAGUCCUAACAAAUCUGAGAUGCUGAGUGUUUACCGGGGCUGCAGUACUGUAUUUAUUGUGCUGUCAUGUGCAGCACUGCUGCAAGAGAUAUCUCAGAGAAUAGUUACAUUAGUUAGGAAAAGGGAGUUAGAAAGAGCUCACUAAUAACCUAUGAAAUGUUGGGACAGUUGAACAUCUCUUUGGGUUCCAUGAAGCAGGGAAGACAGCCCUCAUUGUCAUCAACUUUGUCUCAAUUGUUUUUGCCUCAAAGAACUGCUGUUCUUUGAAGACUCAGAAUACCCUGAUCUCAGAUGAGGCAACCUUACAACCAGAGCUUGAUCUGUAAAUGUUUUCAGGAAUAUAACUUCUGGAGCUCAUGCAGAAUCUUGCUGAUACGAUGUAUAUGAUAACAUCAGACACAGAAUGUGACUCACUUGGAAAUUGCAGAGAGCUGCAGUGUUUGGGGCUGCAGGCCAUCAAACAUUCAGAAACAAAACAAAAUUUAAAUCAAGAUGACAGUAUUGAAUAGGUCAAAGUCUGCUCUGAAAGGGCACCUCUUUCAUCAAAGUUAAUGCAAGGAAAGCAACCAGUUUUUGCACUCCUGAUGGCAGACUCUUCGUGGCAGACGAAGAAGUGUCUUUGCAAAAGUAGGAAAUAUGGACAGAAUUUGUUUUCUGAAGGAAAAACCUUCCAAGCCCCGUAGAAUAUUUGUGGAAGGAGUGCCCAGUGAGCUUGUUCAGUUAAUCUCUGGUCCACCUGAGGAAUGAAUGGUUCUCUCUUGUUCUUAUUGAACAGAGAGAGUUUUAUUAUUGAUUUCAAGUGAGUAAAAAAACAGGUCCUGUAUGAGCAACUGGAGUGAUUAAGCAGUUCCCUGAAUGGCUGUACCUCAGCCAAUCCUUUUAACAAUUCUCCUAAGGAAAGAUGUUUCUCCUCUGGUUAUCCCAAAUCUUAUUUUUCAUAUCCAAUCCCUACAUGACCCUUCCUAGAUUUCAGCAGUCCCAAGCACAGGGAAAUGAGGAGGGUGAAUACUAAAAGCUUAGAACCCAAUGAAUUCAAAUAGACUUCUACUAAGGUAUGUUCUUUCUUAUAGUACUAGACAUUAAGAUUCCAUGUUCUAUAGAAGAAGUUAAUAAGAAAGGGAAGGAUGCAAAGAGAAUUUUUUAAACCCUGUUACAAAGUAGAAAAUGCAAAGAAGAAUGUAAAGGCAGAAUUUUCUGGCAUAGCAUUGAGUGGCACAGCUCUCACACAUCGUUUCUGCUGCUGAUUACAUCUGCCUGAUGACUGGAAUAUUUUAAACAAAGGUAUUCACCUGCUAAUUCUGGUAAGAGGAAAGGCAUCACAUUAAAGAAAAACCCAACUGUGAAAAUUCAUGAGCAGUGGAUGCUAAGCAGCACAGGCUUGAUAAAGCCAUGAAGAUGAAUGCUCAGAAAACUCAGGUCUGUUUGUCAAGAGAUUCAUCCCUAAGAAUCCUGGAUAGGAUGCAUACAAGGGAUCUCAUGCAUGAACACGUGUGCACAGCACUUGCUUUGCCUCUAGAAAUGCUUUACACAAUCACCUAAUGUUCAUUUUCAAACAGAGAAGCUAGACACAGAGAGAAGAAAAUACUUUGCCCAAGCUUGCCCAGUAAAAGACUGACAGACAAGAAAAGAGCACGCAUUUCCUCAUUUCUCUGGCUGCCUUAUGCCUCAUUAUUGUAGAUCUUUGGUCAGCAACUGUAAAUGUUUCCCUUGUUAUCAAUGCACUUCAUUUGACUCAUACUAGUCAGCAGAUUUAUUAGUCGUCUUUAAUUUGUAAACAGUUUCCUUAAAAUAGCCAUACAUAAUAUCAAGAAACAAAUAAGGCAGGUCAAAAUCCUUGUUGGAACACUAUCUGGCAUCACACUCAUGGGCUGCAGGUGCCUGACAGCACUGGGCACUGCUGCUGCCAGCCCUGUCCCAAGGGUUUUCUGCCUUCCAGACUGCUGGGAGAAGUCUGGUUUUGUAAAAGGUUGUCUGACAUUGAAAAUCAUCUCAGCAGUCCCAUCUUCCUCAUCCAGCUAUCCCCCUGGUAUUCCCACAUACAGCAUGGUGGGAAUGGUUUGUACUUCAGCAAGUUGCAGUUUUCUUCCAGUAUUCCCAAUACUUUGGAAAAGCACCAAGGGACAAAUCUCACAGGCAGCAACAGGCAGAACAGGGAGCUUUGGAGAGCAAGUAAUUCUACAAAUACUGUAUUGAGAAAGAUCCUUUAAAAUCUGAUAAAAAGAAAGGAUGUAUAUAUAUAUAUGUGAAACUUAAAAUACCUGUCCUUAGUUAUAAGCACGUGGUUAAAUGCUUUCCUGGCCUGUACUGUAAAGCUCAACAGCUCUGUAACAUUUCUCUUGAAGCUGCCCACCCUCUUCCUACAGCCAUAGGUGGUGUACAGGAGUGUGCCUGGAGACUGGCCACACAGAGAUGAAAGCUGUGAGAAGCCCUUCAGCAUUUAUUUCUUUUAAUUUUAACACUGUGUGCAAGGCUGCAAACACCUGCCCUUUCCAGAAGCACAAGCAGGAGUCAAGGCUGCAGCACGCCAGGGAAGGAAGGGAUGCUGACAGCAUCAGGAUCUGCCUCCCUCCCUCACACAGGUUAUGUAAUGCUGCUCGUGCAGCAGCCACACACCCUCCACUUCUCCAAGCAAUACAGAACCAGGGGAAUCCCCCUGGUUUCGCUACCUUAUGUCCAGCUUUGCUCAGAGCUAUUUUGCAUACAUGGUCCUGCACUAUAAAAGGCUUUUGCCUCCCGGGAGGAAUACAGAGCCUGAGAGGUGAAAGGCAAGAAACUUUUACAGAGAGGAGUCUCUCCUGGCAGGGUUGGGACACCUCUCACAAAAGCACAGUGAGAAGCACCGUGUCCAGCUAUUCAUUCUGUCAUUUACUGCAGCUCACAGGUAAAGUAAUUAUAUGGCAAAUUGUAUCUUUUUGUUCUAUAUUAGGAGCAAAGUGUCUGACUCAGUCUUCUGCUCUAGUUCCAAGCUGUCCAGUCGUUGUGAAAACUUUGUUCCUCCUUUCUGCUGAUUUAAAGGUUUGUGCAUGUAACAGGUAAUACUGUCAGUGCUGCCACAGAACACCGCGGUGCAGGACACCAAGGAGCUUCUUGCUCUGAGUGCCACUGAAGGGAAAUAAGUGUUCCCACAUCACACAAAACAAGGUUUCAGCACAGUGAAGUAAAACCACAAAAAAAGCAUACAAAAUGCUGUGCCCAUGGCAGUUUGUGUUCAAAUCUCAUGCCACCAAGAACCAGUACCCCAGAGAGAAAGAUAUCAACAACAACGCGGAGAAAAAUAGGAAGAUCCAUGGAAGCUCAGAAAAGGCUGAUGCCAAAUUGCAUGCUCCAAGCAAGAAGCAGAUGGAGGGGCUGCCUAUCGUAACUUCAGCAAAGCCCAGUGAGGGAAGAGAGAAUCUCCCUCCAAAUGACAUCAAAGUUUCAAACCAAGUAUCAGGAUGUCCAAGACAUGUAAAAGUAAGAAAUUUGGAAAAUGGAUCCAGCUUUCUUGACACAUUACACCUGACUGCAAAAGAGGUUAUCAGCUGCCGGACCAAAGCCUGCCAAGGGUCAGUCAUGACCCCAAAGGGCCUGGUGAGAGGUACCAGAGAUGGGCCAGUUCCACUGGAAGAUCUUUUACCUCAGGCAGUAGACUUCCUCAAGCAGUACUACAGUUCCUUUAAAGAGCCAAAAAUCAAAGAGCAUCUGGGCCGGCUGGAAACAGUGACCAAGGAGAUAGAAACAACAGGAACCUACCACCUGACAAAGGAUGAGCUGAUCUUUGCUGCCAAGCAGGCCUGGAGGAACGCGCCCAGGUGCAUUGGAAGAAUCCAGUGGUCCAAUCUGCAGGUGCUUGAUGCACGGGACUGUAAAACAGCCAAGGAAAUGUUUGAACAUAUCUGUCGUCAUAUUCAGUAUGCCACAAAUAAUGGUAAUAUAAGGUCAGCCAUCACGGUGUUCCCGCAGAGGACGGAUGGGCAGCACGAUUUCCGUGUGUGGAACAGCCAGCUGAUCCGCUACGCUGGCUACCAAAUGCCAGAUGGCUCUGUCCUUGGAGACCCUGCCACUGUGGAGUUCACUCAGUUGUGCACCAAGCUUGGGUGGAAGCCGAAAUAUGGCCGCUUUGAUGUACUUCCACUUGUUCUCCAAGCAAAUGGCCAAGACCCAGAAAUAUUUGAAUUACCUCCAGAAAUUGUCCUCCAAGUGCCAAUGGAGCAUCCAAAGUACGAGUGGUUUAGGGAGCUGGACCUGAAGUGGUAUGCACUGCCUGCUGUGGCCAGCAUGCUGCUGGAGGUGGGAGGGCUGGAGUUCACCGCCUGUCCCUUCAAUGGCUGGUACAUGGGGACAGAGAUUGGAGUGCGGGACUUCUGUGACGCUCAGCGCUACAACAUCCUGAAGGAGGUGGGGAGGAGAAUGGGACUGGAAACAAACAAACUCUCAUCAUUAUGGAAGGACCGAGCUGUUGUAGAGAUCAAUGUGGCUGUGCUUCACAGCUUCCAGAAACAGAAUGUAACCAUCAUGGAUCACCACUCGGCCUCCGAGUCCUUCCUGAAGUACAUGCAGAGCGAGUACCGUGUGCGGGGUGGCUGCCCGGCAGACUGGGUGUGGAUUGUGCCUCCCAUGUCAGGCAGCAUAACCCCUGUGUUCCACCAAGAGAUGCUGAACUAUGUCCUCACUCCCUUCUAUUACUACCAGGUGGAUGCAUGGAAAACACAUGUGUGGCAUGAUGAGGCCCGCAGGCCAAGGAAAAAAGAAAUAAGGUUUAGCAUCUUGGCAAAGGCUGUGCUCUUUGCAUCCUCACUUAUGCAAGGAGCAGUGGCCACGAGGGCCAAGGUCACUGUGAUCUAUGCCACAGAGACGGGCAAGUCAGAGACGCUCGCCAAUAACCUGUGCAGCCUGUUCAGCUGUGCCUUCAGCACUAAGAUUCUGUGCAUGGAUGAGUACAAUAUUUGUGACCUGGAAAAAGAAACACUUCUUUUAGUGGUUACUAGCACUUUUGGAAAUGGAGAUUCUCCAGGUAACGGAAAGACCUUGAAGGACUCCUUGCUCAGACUGAAACUGCUGAGAAAUAAAAUUAGAUAUGCUGUGUUUGGUCUGGGAUCCAGCAUGUACCCAGAGUUCUGUGCCUUUGCUCAUGCCAUUGACCAAAAACUGGCCCAACUCGGGGCUUCCCAGCUCACUCCAGUGGGUGAAGGGGAUGAACUCAAUGGGCAAGAAGAAGCUUUCCGCAGCUGGGCAAUCAGUGCUUUCAAGACUGCCUGUGACAUUUUUAACAUCCGUGGGAGACACAGUAUUCAGUUGCCUGAGAUCUACAGCUCUGAGGAAAGCUGGGACCCUACUAAUUACAGGCUAGUGCACGACUCCCAGCCCAUGGACCUCGCUAAAGCUCUUGCAAGCAUUCAUGCCAAGGAUGUAAUUCCCAUGAAGCUGAAGUUCAGGCAGAAUCUUCAAAGUUUGAAGUCCAGUCGCGUUACCAUUCUGGUUAAACUUCACUGUGAGACUAACCAGGAAGUGCAUUACCUUCCUGGGGAGCACAUUGGGAUUUUCCCAGGCAACCAGGCAGAGUUAGUCCAUGGCAUUAUUGCACGUGUCAAGGAUGCCCCUCCAGCUGACCAGACUAUCAGGCUUGAAACCUGCAUUGAUGGUGGAUACUGGACAAGUCAUAAAAAGGUUCCAGCCUGCACACUACCUGAGGCUUUGACAUACUUGCUUGAUAUUACUACUCCACCCUCCCAACAACUGCUAAAAAAACUCUCCCAGCUGGUGACAGCAGAAGGAGACAAGCAAAGGCUGGAGGUGUUGUGUCAGAGCACAGAAGAAUACAAUAAAUGGAAGUUUUACAACAGCCCGAACAUCCUGGAGGUCCUGGAGGAAUUCCCCUCUGCUGAGAUCUCCACAGCUUUCCUGCUGACUCAGCUGCCAUUUCUGAAGCCCAGGUACUAUUCUGUCAGCUCAUCCUGUGACAUGACAGCCAGAGAGAUUCAUCUGACAGUUGCAGUUGUAAACUACAGGACAAGAGAUGGCAAAGGGCCUUUGCACCAUGGAGUCUGCAGCACAUGGCUGAACACAAUAGAGCUCAAUGAAACCGUUCCCUGCUUCAUCCGCAGUGCUAAUGACUUCCACCUGCCGGAGGAGCCCGCCAGGCCCUGCAUUCUGAUCGGCUCGGGCACCGGGAUCGCUCCCUUCAGGAGCUUCUGGCUGCAGCGCCUCUAUGACCUGGAGCACAGAGGGCUCAGGGGAGGGGACAUGACGCUGCUGUUCGGCUGCCGGCAGCCAGACGUGGAUCACAUCUACAGAGAGGAAACUGAGGAAAUGAAGAGGAAGGGAGUCCUGAGAGAUGUCUACACAGCUUACUCUAGACUGCCUGGCCAAGACAAAGUGUAUGUGCAGGACAUCCUGCAGAGGCAGCUGGAGGCCCGCGUGUGCGAGGUGCUGCAGGUGCAGCAGGGCCACAUCUACGUGUGCGGGGACGUGCGCAUGGCGCGGGACGUGGCGCGGGCGCUGCAGGCGCUGCUCGCCCGGGCCCUGCGCCUCAGCCAGCAGCAGGCAAACGAGUACUUCCAGCAGCUCAAGAGCCAAAAGCGAUACCAUGAAGAUAUAUUUGGGGCUGUGUUCCCACAUGAAGUCAAAAGAGCUUUGCAACCCAGCAGCUGAAUACCAAAUCCACUUGUGUUUUAGACAACAUUUGCACAUUUGUUGUUAUUUUCAAAAAACAAAGAGUCAAAUCCUCCUUCUUAUACUUGUUCAAUCAUGAAUGUGUAUAGGAUUGUAGGAUUUCACUCUUAAACCUCAGUCUUAAUUAAGUAAAAUAUUAAAUUUAACUUCCGUUGCUAUUUAUUCUGACAUGCUUUUAAUACAUUAUCUGAAUAGUGAAGGUGCAAAUUAUUUUUUAAUACCAUCUAUGCUAGUAUAAAUCUGGUGGUUUUUGUACAUACAAGGAAAAUGUAGAGUUUUGUACUAAGUUAACUAGGGCUGAAAUCUUUUUUUAAAAUGUACUGUUAAUCUUUGUGGCCUUAUUUAUAUCAGAUUGGUUUACUUGCAUAUUAUCUUCACUUGAAAGCAAGUGAAUGGAUGGUUAUGUUGCUGGGAGCUGUCUGGCCAGGUGCUUGGAUCUGGAGCAAUGUUUGCAAAUGGGAUAAUAAUGUACUGGUCCCCAAGUGGCAACACCUGCUGCAUCCACCUCAGAUGUAUCUGCUCAGCAGGUAGCAGUGGUGAAUUCUGCUUUGUGGGACUCAGGUACAUGAACCUCAGCUGUUGUUACAGAGCUUGUAGCAGGAAGGUUCUAAAAAUUCAAAAGCACUUUGUACAUUUGAAUUCUAUGCUCCGGUUUACUUGAUUUGUUUGUAAUAAAAUCUGCCUUUAUACUGAGA